AUGUCGGACUCGAGCACGAAUGGCGGCAGGGCGUUUCCCCUUACCAGGCCGCCCAAAAGACGUGCGCCUCGACUGCAAAACCUGAGAAAGUGGGAUGGGGCAGCCAGAACAAGUUAUUCCUGGGACCCUGUGGCGAAGGACAAGGCACUGUGGGUACCAACGGGCAAUUGCCGCGUUUACCUAUAUGGCCAUGGCGAGUCUCGGAGAGAGCCGUCUUUCAAGCUUCCUUUUUACGAGCUGCAGGAACAGCGUUGCUUGCCAUUGAUUGAGCGGUAUCUUGUCAUUUUGGAAUCGGCGACAUGCGCAACCUCAACUACAGCGGCUGCAAGGAGGUCGCACAAAUCCUUCAACCGUGCCGCAUGGGACGAGGAAAUGAUAGAUCUGUAUAUCCCAGCGCCGUCUCAAGUGCAGGCGGACGUCUUCUACCUCGCUGUGCGGAAUUUCUUUGCAUUUCUUCUCCGAAAAUCCCUGGUUGGCAUGCAUCUCGGAAACGCCAUAGUUCAGCUUUUGCACAGUAUGAACGAGUACCGCGAGCCGGGGGUGGACAAUCUGGGGGAUCUCAUGAACUUUCUUGAGGAGGAGGGUUAUUUCUUUCUGGCUGGCCAGUCGUCGCAUGCCUUGGCCAUGCUGCAUUUUGGCGAGUCCUUGCAAAUCCGACACAUUUAUACCGAUGCUUUCGCUCACUGCGUUGGCAUGGCGGAUCAACUUCACAAAAGCUCAGAAUACACUCACAUCAGCCCUGCAGCACGUCGAGCGAUACGGAGAACUCGAAGCGCCAUGGACAACAAGCUAUCCCGAUCCAGCCGAAUGCUUCAAAAUUUUCUCGAGGAAGAUCUCUCAGAGCAGCGCCUUGGAUUGACAACAGGCGCCCGUGCGCACUUGGACCGGUUCCGCACCUUUGUCGUGUCGUUUUACGCCACCAAGUUCGGCCAGUGGCCGCCGCGCGGAGCCAACAGCUCCAAGAGCAUCUUUAGCGCCGAGAUCUAUUCCAGGAUGGCGGAAGACUUUGGCCGCCUUUACGAAUACCUCGUGGACGAAAGGUUCACUAUUAGCGACAGUAGUCCCGCGCUUGCCCAGGGCGGCAUUUGUGUGCUGCAGAGCGUGGAGGCUUUUGAUCGCGAGCGUGGUUAUGUGGGGUUGAGGAACCCGCUUCCCUUGUUGCCAGAGAUUGCUGGCCGAGGUGACUGCUCGGUCAGUCCCUCGUCAUCUACAAGAUCUUCCAAAUCAACCAUCUCGUCCAAAGUACCGUCGAUCUCGAAAUCCUCGCGCCGAAAAUCAUGGUUCAGCGUCGGUCGGUCGGACAAGUCCCGCAUUGACACCCGCGUGGCUGUCCAUGCUGCGCUACUGGCGGCCAGCAAUGGGAGUCGCGAGGUCCUCACCAACGAGUUUGUAAUCGCAUAUCGACGUUUUGAGGAAGAGUUGGCUCUUUCGACGGUGAAGCAGAGCGACAAGGACAAGGUUACCCUUGUCGACGCUCGCAAAGUCCGUUGGAUUUUAGUGUACUGUACCUACCAGACUCUGCUCGACUGCACUCGCCUGCCACAGGACGUCAAGCCCGUCGAGACCCCAUAUAGCCUCUGCAUCCCUACUGCUGACCUCCCGACAUGGGAAGAAGAUUUUGUCCCGUCGCGUUCAACUUUGUCUAACCGAAGGGACAGGCCUCCGUUGAGCUGGGCCAACAAAUCUCAUGCAGUCGUCCCCGAGCAGCGACCCAAGAGCGCACACGCGACGCUCGGUACCCCAACAAUGACGCUCGAGCCAGACGUGAAUUACUACGCCUUGACGCACCCCGACGAAUCGGACCGUCGUGGUCGACAUGCGACUAUACAUGUUCCGCCAAGGGGAAGCAGUCUGACACGCGGUCUCGGGAGCUUGACCGGGUCCUUGUCCAGAGCUUCGUCAAGGAAUAAUAGUAUCCGGCGGUCAAUCGUCGGCGCCUUCACCACAAGCCCCACCCCGGAGCCGCCCGUCAAGUCCUCGAUGCGAAGGAAGCCAAGCAAGAGUAGCUACCAAGCGAUCGUCAUCCCAGGAUACGGCAACGGGAUCAACGAUGUCCAGUUCAGAAGCGUUUCGGACAGUCUUGUUCCCGCCGAAGAGGAAGCAUGGGGGCGGCCACCUUCGACUGUACCACCAGUUCCACCCCUGCCGAUUAAUAUCAGCCAUCACCAGGAUAACGUGUCGUCGAGUCAGAGAAGAUCGCGAGAUUUACUCAACGACAGGCUCGACAAGCGAGGAUCCCGCUACAUACCGUUUGGGGACAUGCCGAAUAUUCUGACAGCAGGAAUCCCCCCGCCCGCUGCCAAAGAACAGACGGCACAGCGUACCGCGUCCACUGCCUCCAACUCCAGCUCUAGCACCGCUCGCUCCCAGGGCGACUUUAGCACGGCACCCACCACGCCCCUGACUGACGACAAAGUCGAGCUCGACCCCGUCAGGCACAGGUUCUCGCUCCGCAGCCCGGCAUCGCUGCCUCAAAUCACCGUCACGGACCCCAUCCGUCGCCGAACCAUCGCCACUCCACCGCUCCCGCACCGCAACCCGGCCCGCCCGUUCUCCAUCGUCGGCACCCUGGGCCCCAUCAGCAGACCGAUGGUGCAGGAGAUACUCGGCGUGGAGCGCGAAUUCCUCGCCGCCCCGCCCUCGCCCAACAGCCGGGCGCCAUCCCCAUUGCGCAUCAGCAAAGCCCCAAACGUCAUGCCCGGCAGCAACGCUCCGCGGUGCACCCACCAGAAUCCUCUCGGAAGCCAUCCGACAGGACUCUGGUCCAACAGUCCGCCGAUCCUCUGUACCGACUGCUUCUCUGACAGUGCGAGCGAGUGCGACACGGUGAGCGAGUACCUUGACGCCCAGAGCCAAUGGGAAGGCCUGGGGAUACAGAACGGCGUCAUGGAUACCGAUUUUAGCGAGGCCUGGGAUCAGUUUGGGGGGCUUGGAGGGUUGAGGCCGUUGAGUGUCGCGGUUGGUGGUGGGAAGGGUGGAUUCGGGUCGCGGUGA